CGUCCGUUCGGUGGUUCGUUCAUCGUACCGAAUGGCGUCCUCGGCGUCCUUCAUUCAUUCCGUCUCCUUCAACGCCAUCGCCUCUUCUACUCCGUCUCCGGCGCCUUCUCCUUCGCCGUGCUGGAGCCCUACGAGGACCCAUUACAGAAUUCCGGUGACGGGUCGUCGGAGCUCUCGGCAGCGGUUGUGGGUUCAGUGUUCUUCGUUGGAGUCAAACCCGGAGCAUAUGAAUUCAAGGCAACCUCAUAUAUCUUCUCUGGGUCCUUUUGGAGUGUCAAUGAGGGAAUCAAGCAUGGCCAAACCCUCAUUCAGAUGGCGAAGGGUGUUGCUUAAAGUGAGUGGAGAAGCACUUGCAGGUGAUCAUGCUCAAAACAUUGAUCCAAAGGUCACAAUGUCUAUAGCAAGGGAGGUCGCAGCUGUCACUCGGCUGGGCAUUGAGGUUGCAAUUGUGGUUGGCGGUGGCAAUAUCUUUCGCGGAUCCUCCUGGGCAGGAUGUAGUGGCCUUGAUCGUUCAUCGGCAGAUUAUAUUGGGAUGUUAGCAACUGUCAUGAAUGCUAUAUUUCUUCAAGCAACAAUGGAGAGCAUUGGCAUUCCCACCCGUGUCCAGACUGCAUUUAGGAUGUCUGAGGUUGCAGAGCCAUAUAUACGUCGAAGGGCUGUGAGGCAUUUGGAGAAAGGGAGGGUUGUGAUUUUUGCAGCAGGAACUGGAAACCCAUUUUUCACCACGGACACUGCAGCAGCCCUUCGCUGUGCAGAGAUUAAUGCGGAGGUGGUCUUGAAAGCUACGAAUGUCAAUGGAGUUUAUGAUGACGAUCCUAAGCGCAACCCAAAUGCCCAUCUUCUUGAUACACUAACUUAUCACGAGGUUACCUCAAAGGACCUCUCGGUAAUGGAUAUGACUGCCAUUACGUUAUGCCAAGAAAACAAUAUUCCUGUCGUCGUCUUUAAUCUAUCCGAACCGGGCAACAUUUCAAAAGCAAUAAAAGGGGAGAGGGUGGGUACUCUGAUUGGGUCGACAUGGAAUACACCAGUCGGUAUGUCAUAAAGUAAUGAGUCAAAUUGCUGGUUAGUGGCUUUUCAAGAUGAAGUCAAGAUUUUGCACUUUAGAUGUUUUUGUUACCUAAAUAGUAAUUGGAUGUUCUGAGCAUCAAACGGAUUAUGGAACGUGCGGAAGGCUGGGAGGGGAAGUACGAUCUCAACUCAAGUUCACUGGCAUUUUGCAUUUUAUCAGAGCUUUUUCUUGAAGUGUGUCAGUUGUAAAUAAUUCCUUUAUUUGCUGACUAAAUUUUUUUUAUUCGAACUGGAUUUUUUACUUGCAAAAACCUUCGUAGAUAAUGUUCAAGUCAAUUAUCAUCUGUCCUAUACAUCCACAACUAGAUUAUCAGUCUACAGGGAGACUUAAACUUUAGUACCU